AUGGCCUUUGCACGACAUCAAAAAAUAGAGACGGCGACGGCGGAAUUGAUGGAGACCGAACAAACGCCAGAGGACGAAGAAGCAGCGCAGCACGGCGGGCGAGAGGAGAUGAACAGGUACAGGAAUAUACCCGGGCGGGCUGCUCCGUCAAAGGCGACCCCGACGACCGUCUGCCAGAAGUGCCUGAAGAAAGAUAGCUACGAAUGCACUACACAACUGCAGGAGAGGCCGUACGGUGCUCGUCCGUCGAGGACGCAGCAGCUUUCGAACCCACGGCUGCGGCCACAGUUGUCGACGGAGGUGCCAAAUGAUUUACUAAGGACUAAAGGGGUUGCUGAUGAGCAGCUGCGUCGAGCAAAGGAGGAACGGGCAAGGCUGAGCUCCAGUCGGAGCCCACAUAGAGAGAGUGACUACGAAGAUGCUCUCCGAAGCUCACGGAAGAGAGCUAGGUCGGUAUCCUCGUACUCGUCAGUAUCAACGAUAUCAACCAACCGUUCGCCUUCGCCCCCGCCUCCCAGACGUGCAAGACAGGAUCCACAGCCUUCACGGCCCAGCGUUCGUUCCCUUUCCAGAAGACAGAGGUCAGGGACGGAUGGACUAGGUGAAGAGUCCGAUACUUCUAAUAGGCGAUCAAGAGGUAGUAGACAUCAACAUGAUGAUCACAACGCUCGUCGGCAUCGACGCUCUCGUUAUUCACAUUCUCCUGAGCCAUACAGACGCCACGACAGGUCUAGAUCCAGAGACGACGUAUCACGCAGUAGCAGGCGCGCAUACCGGGGACGAGAAAGAUCUAUUGACGAUGAUAGCAGGCAUGGUACGCCAGGUUCGCGUGAUAGGGCACAAAGUCGUCCCCAUGUCCCAAGGCCGCCUGUGCGGAAUAAUUCUCCCCCCAGGCAGAGAAGCCUAAGCCCAUAUAGCAAACGCCUUGCUCUCACACAGGCCAUGAAUGCGCAGGGUAGAUAG